CUGUUACAAACAUGGAUCAUAUGAACGUGCCUUUGUUGGAGAAGAAGCAAUAUUAUAAGGACUGUCCUGGUUGUAAGGUGGAACAAGAAAAUGAGCUUAAUCAAGGGUUAUCCAUCCUAAAGCUUUUCAUUAUUUGGAUGGUGGUGUUAUCUUCUUCACUGCCUAUAACAUCACUCUUUCCAUUCCUUUAUUUUGUGGUAAGGGAUUUCAAUGUUGCAAAAGAAGAGGCUGAUAUUAGUUAUUAUGCCGGUUAUCUGGGAUCUUCAUACAUGCUUGCAAGAUCUUUAACAGCUGUAAUUUUGGGAAUGGUUUCUGAUCGAUAUGGUCGAAAACCUGUUAUAAUUCUUGGGAUCAUCUCAGUUGUCAUCUUCAACACAUUAUUUGGCCUUAGUACGAGUUAUUGGAUGGCUAUUAUCACCAGAUUUCUUCUUGGAAGUUUAAACGGUGUACUUGGACCAGUGAAGGCAUAUGCUAGUGAACUUUUUAGAGAAGAGCACCAAGCUAUAGGUCUUUCUACUUGUAGUGCCGCUUGGGGCAUUGGUUUAAUUAUUGGCCCAGCAUUAGGAGGCUAUUUGGCUCAGCCAGCAGAAAAAUACCCACAAAUAUUUACAAAGGAUUCAUUUUGGGAUAAGUUUCCAUACUUCUUGCCCUGCUUUAUAAUAUCAGGACUUGCCUUGAUAGUAGCAAUUGCCUGCAUUUGGAUUCCGGAAACAGUUCACAAUUUUGAUAGUAAUGAGUCUACAGAUGCUGAUGUUUUAGAAAAUGGAAGCAAAAUAGUAGAAAAGGAAAAGAAUGUUCAAAAGAAUGAAAACCUCUUCAAGAAUUGGCCUUUGAUGUCAUCUAUCAUUGCUUAUUGUGUCUUCUCACUUCAUGAUGUUGCUUAUCAAGAGGUUUUCUCAUUAUGGGCUGUUAGUCCUCCGAGGCUAGGGGGUUUGAGCUUUACAACAGACGAUGUUGGUAAUGUUCUUUCAAUUUCAGGACUUGCACUUGUGAUCUACCAACUUUUCAUAUACCCAUCCGUAGAAAAAGCAUGUGGACCUAUCGCCUUUGCUCGCAUCACAGGGAUAUUUUCCAUACCAAUUUUGCAAAGUUACCCUUUCAUCGCAAUGUUGUCGGGCAUAAGCUUAUACAUAGUCAUCAGUAUUGCUUCCAUCCUCAAGAAUGUUAUGUCUGUGACAAUUAUAACGGGUUUAUUCCUAAUACAAAACCGAGUAGUGGAACAACACCAAAGGGGUGCAGCUAAUGGAAUUUCUUUGACAGCUAUGUCUCUAUUUAAUGCUAUUGGUCCUGCUGCAGGUGGUACAAUGUGA